CCUCUCUUUAAUCCUACAAACACAAUAACAACAUAUAAGAGCAACUACCAUAUACUGAUAUACACCGAUGGCGCGGCCACGCGAAACAGCGCUGCUUCUCCUCGCCGCCGCAUGUUUUGCGGUGAUCUCAUCCCUGGGCUCGGCCGGUAACAGUGUCGGCCUACGCCGCGCGGAGGAGCUGGUCUGGGCGAGGAAUUCGGCGUGCGCGGGGACGGUGGGGGAGUGCGGCGGCGCGGGCGAGGAGGAGUACGGGCUGAGCUCGGAGUUCGGGAGCCGUCGGUCGCUGGCGACGUCGAACUACAUCGGAUACAACGCACUGAGCAGCGACAGUGUGCCGUGCUCGCAGCGCGGCGCCUCCUACUACAACUGCCAGCCCGGCGCCCAGGCCAACCCUUACUCCCGCGGCUGCUCCGCCAUCACCCAGUGCCGCACCUCCUGAUCAAAAAUAUCAGAAACACCGUUCUCUGACAGCUUAAUGUCACGAACUUAGCAUAGUUGGCGAAACAUUUUCAAAUUCCUGAAUGUUCUUAUUUUAUUUUGCUUGGAAGUGAAAUGGUGGAUUUGGGUGGUGUUGGGAGGUAGGAUUCGUGUAAUUGUUGGUGUUAUUAGUUUUAAUCAUUUUGUAUUUGGUUGCUGGUAGGUGAAGGAGCCAAAAUAAUAAAAAAAAUUUAAAAAAAAAUACAUAUGAGAUCGUUUCAA